AAGAGUAUUGUUUGAAAUGCAAAGUCAUUGCAAUUCACAAACCAUUCACUCAUUCAUUGAAAAGUCAUUACAAUUAUUGUUGUCUUAAUUGUGGAUCAAAUCGACGACUCGUUUGUCAUUUAAUUUAAUUGGAAACCACUGUCUGUUUGGUGUGACGUCUUGACCAUUGCAUCCGGAAGAAUGUCUUCGGCGGGAGUGUGUCCUGAGCUACCGGUCGGUGGCUUUUGUUUCGAUAACUACCAGAGGAAUGAGAUGUUGGCGUCGAAAGGCUUUCCGGUACCGAAAGUGACCAAAACUGGUACAACAAUUGCCGGCAUUAUCUUCAAGGAUGGCGUUAUUCUCGGCGCCGACACCAGAGCCACGUCCGGCCCGAUAGUGGCCGACAAGAAUUGCGAGAAAAUCCAUUACUUGGCGCCCAAUAUGUACUGUUGCGGCGCCGGGACGGCCGCCGACACGGAACAGGUGACCAAAAUGAUAUCAUCGCAGCUGGAGUUGCAUCGACUCAACACCGGCAAAGUGGUGCCCGUCUGUGCGGCCAAUCGGCUCCUCAAACAAUACCUGUUCAGGUCUGUCAUCACAACUGCCGCACAAUUAAUCAUAUUUUACUCUUAA